CACGUCUUGACGCUCAUCAUGGAUUCUUUCUUGGACUUCCUCACGAAAACGAUUCUUGGACGGAACAAUGGACGGAGUGAUUACAUGGAUAUGGUCCUCAGGAAGACUCCUCACGUAGCGCUGGGCGCCACAGCUCUAUACCUCAGCGCGGUCGGACUGCUGUCGGUGCCGUACAUUCAAAAACAAGCACUCUACUGCAAUGGAAUCCGCCGCUCACGACUAGGCGUCUACGAACGACCGGAGAAGUACGGUCUCGCGCCCAGCAAAGCCCUCAACGUACAACUCCCCACCCCCGACGGUCAGACCCUCGGCGCCUGGUUCAUCCUCUCCGAUGCCUACUACCACUCCAUCCUUAAGCACGACUGGGAAAUCGACCUCCGCCAGGCCCUCAGCUCCCUCCCCACCAUUCUCUACCUCCACGACGCCGGCGCCUCGCGCUCCGCCAAGCCCUGCGUUAUCCAGUGCUCCAUGUUCUCUUCACGCUUGUCAGCCAACGUCUUCGCGAUCGACUACCGCGGCUUCGGCGACUCGACGGGCGCGCCCUCGGAGGAGGGGCUUGCGACGGACGCGCGGGCGGCGUGGGAGUGGCUCCUGCGCAACGGCGCGAAUCCGGCGGAUGUGGUGAUUGUGGGGCAGGCGCUGGGGAGCAGCGUAGCGGCAAGGUUGGGCGCGGAGAUUGAGAAGGACGGGCUGAGGCCGAGGGGGAUUGUCCUGCUAAGCCCUUUCUCGAGUGUGAAGGACGCGGCUAGGAGCGUGGGCUUACACGGGUCUGUGCCUUUCCUGAAGCCGUUGAACUUGAUCCCGAAAGCCACAGAUCUGCUGUUGAAAAGGGUUAAGCCAAGCUUCGAUACCCUCGCCUACGCCUCCACCAUCAAAGUCGCCGACAUCCUCAUCGCCCACAGUGAAGACGACCCCGAGAUCCCCCUCACCCACUCCGAAUCCCUCUUCCAUACCUUUCUCGAGCCCCUCCUCCCGCCCGAGGUCACCCUCCCCUCGAACCCUGGCUCCCUCUCGAAAGACGACUGGGACAAGUUCACGCACGAUGUCACCGCGCGCCGGCAGGCGGAGAAGAAUCUGGUCAUCACGAACGAGAUUAGGGACUUUGGCGUGACGAGCGAGUUCGUGGACUCAGAUCAUGGGGACAGGCGGGUGAUGCUGGUGAAGACGCUCGCGGGGGGACAUGAUGCGGUGGGCUUGCAGGAGGGCGUGCAGGAUGUGAUGGGGAAGUUCUUUGGGUUUCUGCCUUGAGCCAGGGGCCGAAGUUUGCCCCAGACUAGACAUAACGAUGGAGGGAUGUGAUGGUCACGCUACUUGCUCUGCUUACGAACCAUCUAUGGUUACCCUAUCUACGCUACUGAUACCAAGUUGACGAUUAUACCUGUAUAUGCUUACCUUUCAUGAAACCUUGCUGUUACGAUGACCAGCCUUGAAAGAUGGCUUUUCGACAUG